CUCGGGGGCAAUAAUACAAAGGGAAAGGAAUGUAACAAGUUUGAAACCCAACGCGCGCUUCGAUCAUCAGGUGCUCUUUCAUCAUUCUCAACCAGUUAUCUUGUUCAGUUGUGCAUACUACCCAAGCGCCGUUUCGGCGCAUGUUUUUUGUGCCAAAUUUUGCUUUUAGUUCACGGCUGUUUUUACUCCAUAUGUUUGGGCAGUCAUGUUACUUUAGCUCACUUCGCCAGCUUCCUGUUAUUGCUAUUUGUGGAGCCACUGGGACUGGGAAAUCGAAACUAGCAGUAAGCCUCGCCAAUGUUUUCGGAGGUGAGGUCGUCAAUUUCGAUGCUCUCCAAUUGUAUAGUGGGAUAGAUAUUGCAACAAACAAAGUGAGUUAUAGCUUUGUUAGAUUUUCUUCAUUUUGAAUUUCAGAGAGUCACUGAUGAUAUCGUGGUGUAAGUCUUGUGCCUUGAAGAAUUUUCCUGCUUUAGUAGUGAUUCGGUGGGGCAGUAUUAUUUCCAGUCAUGUGUACUGUCAGAGAGAUGGGGUUAUCAUGCAGAAUAACUGAUAUAUCACAUGUCGAGUGUUUAGGUGUCCCACACCAUCUUAUAGGGAUCUAUCCUCCAGAAUUCGGACAUAGAUAUGAUGUUCAUUCAUAUCGAGACAUCUGUUUACCGCUGAUUGAAAAUAUAAGAAAUAUCAGGAAAAAGUUACCUAUUCUUGUUGGUGGGACUCAUUAUUAUUUGGAAGCUAUUUUAUGGCAAGAUUUUCUAGCUUCGAAACGUACUAUUUUCGAUGCAACAAGUGAAUUCGAUAGUGAAGUUUCUUUUGGGCAUCCAUUAGAAUGCUAUGAUCUUUUGCGUACUCUGAAACCAGAUGUAGCCGCACAAUUGCAUCCGAAUAAUGUUCGUAAAGUAAAGAAAGCACUUCUCGAUGUUCUGAAAGGAUCUAUUCAGACUAAAACACAAACUGAAUCGAAUGAAAAUAUAGAAAAUGUAGAUUUGGGAAAACAAGUGUUAAAUCGAUCUAUUAAACCUCGAUAUCCUGGAGAGUCGCUCAUAUUAUGGCUGGACUGUGCUUCCGAUGUUUUGAAUACUCAGUUGAAUAAGCGGGUGAAUAGAAUGUUGGAUUCCGGGUUAGUUGAUGAAUUGGACACUUUUCUUGACAAGGUGAAUGUUUUGCCAGAUAGAUUCAGUGAGACUGAAACAUCUGAUACGCCAGACAUUGCAAAACGAACUCGAGUGGAAAAAUUAAGGGCAUUGUUUGCUCAAGAGUUGGAGUCAGUCUCAGAUCCUAUGACUCGUCGUGGCCUACUUCAAAGUAUCGGACUCAAAGAAUUUUCAGAUUAUUUAGCUUUAUUACCAGAAGAACGUGACACUACUGAGGCAAAUACUCUUCUGAAGCAAGCAACAGAGAAUGUUAAAACAGCCACUCGACAGUAUGCUCGUCGUCAGGUUUCUUGGAUUAGAAAUCGAUUUUUACGACGUCCUGUAGAAGGUAGCAUUCCUGUUUAUCGUAUAGAUGUGACAGAUUUUUUAAACUCUGAAUCUCCAGAUAUUUGGCAUAAGACAAUUAUUGCACCAACUGUACGCUUAGUCUACAAUGAAUUAAUAAAAAUGAAUGAUUUACUCUUUGAAAACUUGAAAAACAAUGAUUAUCUAAAUAGUUUACUUGAUAUUUGUCCUGAAGAUUCUUGUCUUAAAGCAGAAUCAUUACUUUUGCCUAAAUCUUUUAAUGAAUCAAACAAUAAUAACAAUUCUCCAUUCAUUUGUUCAAUAUGUUCAAAUAGGAUAUUUACACAAAUCGAUGGUUGGGAAGCUCAUUUAAAAAGUAGAUCCCAUCAGAAACGUGCAGCAAAAUAUAAGAAAAGAUUACUUAUCGAGAAAGCAAUGAAAAAUUUAUCAUCAUAAUAUUUUGUUAAAUAGAUAAUGUUUUGUAUAAAAGUUAUUAUUUUUUUCUCAAUAAAAUAUAUUACAUUAAUAUUUGUACUGAAUAUUUAAAUGGUUAUACAGUUUGUGGAAUUUCUCUUAUAUUAUUAUAAUGGUUUGUGAAUCCAAAAUGAUAGUAUAGUUGACCUUCAGAAUUAUGAUGAUCAGUUAAUUAGUAAAUAAUAUAACUCAGUAAAUACUUCAAAUUUCAACCGUUUGAUUUGAAUUCCAUAUAAAACUGCUACAGCACUUGCAUCAUGAAUUAAAUUCACUUAUGAGAAUUUGUUUUAUUGUCUUACUUACACCUUUGACUGUCAGGGAAUCAUAACUGUUUGUCAAUUGAAAUUUCUUAAAUUACAGUGAAUAUUUACUGUAUCGUAUUUAUUGAAUGAAAACUAUUUGUUGAUAUA